CCUCUUCCCCCUCUAAUAAACACACAAUUACCAUUCUGUCCCUCAUGGCUCUCUCCGGUUUUGCUACCCUGCAAGCCUUCGCGGCGAUGGCACCACAGCAUGCCGGGUUCCGAUCCAAUGACACUGCAAAGCCGCCCCCGACUCAUGGCCCGGCGGUGGACUCGCCGGAGGUGGAGGCCGGCGCCGCCGCUGCAGGAUACGUCGACGAGCGGCGACUACGCCGGAGGAUCUCCAACCGGGAGUCCGCGCGCCGGUCGCGCGCGCGGAAGCAGCGCUGCCUCGACGAGCUCCGGGACCGCACAGCGCGUCUCGAGGGCACCAAGCGUGAGCUCACGGCGCGAGCGCAGGCCGCGCGCGGCCGCCUGGCUCUCAUCCGGCUCGCCAACGCCGGACUGCGCGCCGAGGUCGCCGCACUGGCCCGCCGCGCGCUCGCGCUCGGCCAUCUGUACGCCGCGGCCACCGCCGGAAGCAGCGGCGGCGCCUUCAGCCUCGGGUUCGUCGACAUUGAGCAGACGAUUGCCUCGUUAAUCGCAUAGCGCGAGGAAUGGAAUGGCCAAUGCUGGUGCAUGAUGCAUGCAGCAUGCAUGCGCGUACUCGAGCUGUCGAGCAAGUGUACCUUGUUUGAUCGGAAAACGGUGAACGAAAUGGAGCAACGUAAAUCGUGAAAUCAUGUAGAUAUCAUCAUAAAUCAUGUAUCGGCAAAAAGAUUAAUUUGCACGGAUCUCAUUGAACUUUAAGACGAUAAUCGUAAUCUGAGUCGAUAUGUAUGUACCUACACGACAGCUUAUUUUCCUUUUUUCACGCUCGGAAAUUUUCUACUUUCGCACGAAGUGAUGUUUCGACGAGUAUAUCAUUUAGAUAUGAUCAGCACUUACGUCUAUCUCUACCAUUUGAUAGUAUUAAUCAUCUCCAUCGAACAACUUAGAUCGAAUCUAGCUAUGAUUAAAUUAUUUAUUUUAUCUACUGUAUAAAGCAGAAAUUGAUUGUUUAGUCCCCACCCCCGUUCCACGUCUAUUUAAUAAAAAACCAGACGUAAAACCG